CAAGCAUUCUCGCUGCUCACCUUUUGCUUUGGCCUCUCAUUGCCUUGAAUGAGGAAACAAGCGAAAUUCAACAAAAAUUUCAAUGUUCGCCUUGACGAAGAUAAAUUUUACUUUCCUGGGGAACGGAUAAGAGGUACUGUAUCCGUUUUCCCCACCAAACCAACAAGGACAAACCAUAUCCGAGUUAUCUUCAAAGGCGAAAUAGCAUCGUUGCUUAAAGAUAAAGAGAGUAUAACGCUAUUCAACAAGGUUAAAAUCCUUCCAAUUUCAAAGGACGAUGAAAGCAGUGCUAAAUCACAUAUCUUGGAAGCCAAAUCACACACUUUCCCUUUUGACUUUUUGGUGCCGGAAGAUAUUGCUUUGCCGAGCAGUAUGGAGGUUUUUAAAUAUGGUAGAAUCCGAUAUACAUUGAUCGCAAUCCACGAUAAACCCAUGGUGCCGGAAUCCCUUUCACCGAAAGCAACAUAUAACGUCCCCAUUCUGGAACAUAUAGACAUUAGUGUUCCAGAAUAUACCAGACCAACCGAAAAGUCAGUAUCUACCACGCUGGAAGGUGUUGAAGACCGAAGGAAAAUUACUGUGAAAGCGAACAUCCCGCGAUACGGUUACACGCGAGGUGAUAUUGUUCCAUUAAAUUUGUCGAUUGGCCAUCAUAGUCCGUUCUCGCGCGAGAAAGGAAUAAAGGUUGAGUUUGUUAGAGUUGGCCACUUUAGUUCAAACAGGCAAAUGGUCGCAAAUGAAAUAACAUUGCGAACGAGUGAAUCCAAUAUCAAUAUUUAUGGACCAUACAACUUUUCGCAAUCCCUUACAGAACAGAUCAUGAUUCCAACAUCCACUCCACCCACCAUCGAUAAGAAAGGAAAGAUUAUUUAUAUCAAUUACAAGGUGCGCGUGACAGUCAAUCUCAAUAGCAAGCACUCUGCCAAGCGACAGAAUAUUGUUACUGUAGAACUUCCCAUUGUUGUUGGAACUUGGCCAAGAGCAGCAGUUCCAAUUGAUGAAGACGACGAAUGGAUAGAUGGCAUGGACAGUAUGAUGCUUAGCGAUGAGGAGGCGCCAGCUGACAACGAUAGUUUGUACGACUAUAGCACCAGCGAGCAAAACUUUGUGCCUGACAUACAGCACAAUACAUCUUCAUCAUCUGCAAGUCUCAUGCUGCACAAUCAAGGCGGACUUCGCCAAAAUCCGGAAUGGAGAUUAUCCACUUCAUCGACGUCUUCGUCCACGUCAUCCGCAAAUGCAGCAGCGCGAGCGAAUCUCUCCACUAAUUACCCUAUUACUACCGACAAUGGCGUCUUUCGGUCUGAUUCUAAUGCUUCAAAAGUGUCUGUGAGAUCAGCAGCAUCGGUGUCGUCCAACAAGUCAAGUCGGUCUCUUGAAACUAAUCAAGAUAGACUGACCCGAAAUACCUCAGUCAGCACCACAGCCUCAGCACCCGAACAGCCAACAGCUAGUGGUCGUUAUGUUAGAAAUACGCCAGUGCAAGCACCUCCAGCACCUCCACCUCCCCCUCCUUUUAGUCAGCCAGCUUUAAUUAAAGCUCAUGCUAGUUAUAUUCCUCGAUCAUCCUCAGCCACCGACCUGAAUCGGCAACCUCAUGGUGUGCCUUCUCCAUUACCUUUUGUACAGCAGCCUCCCUAUGACGACGGAGGAUUAUAUAGGCACCGUGGAGUACCGCCACCAACUAAUGAGAAUUUGCAUGAUUCAAGGUUCAGAGGAGGCCGAUCGGCAAAUGAUACAAAACGUUACCAUUCAAUGUCUGACUCAAACUACCAUGGUGUACCAAUGAAUGGAAAUAAUAGUCACAUGCCUUAUCCUCCCUCUGCCAAUAUGUACGACCAUGGACCAGCGCCAAAUGGCUUUUUGCCUACCGCUAAUAAUUACGCUGGCCAAGCAGGAAGACACCACAUGCGUACGCCUUCUGAUUUAUCUCACAUGUACCAUACGCAGCCUAAUUAUCCAACAGCAGCAAAGUUUACACCUAUGCCAGCUGUACCUGAUACCCAACGUACCAUGUAUCCUUUCUCACAAGAUGAUGCUAUCAGGACGAAUCAUCACCCUACUUAUCCCAACAUGCCCCAAUUCACUCCACCUCGCCAAUUUGAUUCUCAAAAUGGUUUACCACACCGUCAUUCCGAUCCUCAGGCUCAGCAACCUGGCGCUGUCAUCCAUACACCACCUGUCAUGCGAUCCGGUAGCGAUCCUAGUGCCUACCUCAACCGAGAUGAUAAAGCUUUACUCGAAACACCGUCAUCGGCAGCUCCUGAGGUAGAACCAUCCGUAGUAGAACCUCAUGGAUACUAUGACUCUUCGGAUUCAUCUUCAGAGUUUGGAGACGCUGCUGGUUCGGCGUCAGACGAUUCCGAUGACUCGGAUGAUGAAGGCGACUUGUUGCGCAUUGUUGAAAAGAAGAGAAGACAGGAACAGAAGCAGAUGAGGCGACGACAGAGACGAGUGUUCACCAUAGCCGAAUAGUUUUCUCAUUCCAUUCUGUAUAAUUUUGUUUAAAAAAAAUCUUACCUCUGUACUAGUUUUUAUAUGCUUCACACUUUUUUCUUUCAUUU